AUGAAGUAUAAGUUGUGCCUGUUUCUUUCAUCGCUCCUGAAUUUGAUAGCAGCAAAGACUGCACCUUGCGAAGAGCUGGACCCAGCCGAUGUGCCGUGUCCGAAUUUCGGCUUGGACUGCAUACGAGAAUACUUCUCGAAAAAUUCUCAAUGUCAAAUAGUUUACGGACCAGUGCCGGAUCCGCUGUAUUACGGUCAUUACAAAGUGGAUAUCCCGAAUUCAAAUGUAACUUUAGACUUCAGUGAUGUAAAUGUUGGAGGGCUCAAUGGCAAUAUUGUUGAGUUUUAUAUCAAUACAGAAACUCAAAAGCUAGUUCUUGCAAUAGAAACACCGUCCUUGAGAUUAUAUACAGAAGAUGCACUUUUCCAAUACAACAGGAAGGCUAAGGAGCCAAUUGAAAGAAGCGACUAUUUGGAAGUUAAAUACGGAAGGGUAACCUUUACAGCCGUGUUUCACAGGCUCCACAAUCUAGACUUGAGCAGCGCUGAUGUUAACUCAUACGUCGAGAACGCCAGCCCGCAAUUUGAAUUAGGGCCUUGUAUCGAUCCUAGUUCAGACACUGAAGCACAAAAUGAGUUCCGAAAGUUGAUGUCAAGUUUUCGGGAUGACCUUCGUGAAUUGUUUUCUUUACAAGGACAAAUAUUCAUGACCAGUUACAUACAAUAUAACAUUUGUGACUUUGGAUGUUGAAUAAAAUACUUAUCAUUCGAUUUACAAUUAGCAUUUAUAAUAGGAGCAUCGUCAAAAUAGCUUUUGUUAGCGAUGCGUUAAAUAUAAAUUUGGAGCUGUGAUUGGUAUAUUUGGUGUAUGUUUGUUUGUGUGGUGAAUUCGUUUUGUUAAAAGAAGUUAGCAAAUUUUUAGCUUAGUUUUAAAUUAACAAGAUUUGUAAGAGGGAGUGCGCGGGGUUCAACGAGAGGUGAGGGGGCCUCGGAUUGGUGACCUGAGGCGAACGAAGUCAGUGCUGUGACCAAACCAACGAACGCCGCGCGCUUCCUAACCGCUAAAGUUUUUGUCAUCCGACGCCACUAUAGGAAAUAAAUAUUUUUCUCACAAAAAAGCCUCUGUUAGUGCAUUCCACGAACCUACGAACCAACAUAAAUUACAGCUUUGAAAUUAAAUAUGAUAAAAGAAAUAAUGUCAAAUGAAAUUACACAGAAAUAUCUAAGAGUCUAGCAAGUUUGACCAUGUCCAUCUGUGUUAAUUCGGGAUAUACGGUUUGGGAUCGAAAUUUUUAUUAUACAUAAAAUAAUUCGUUAAAUAAUAAUAAUCUGAAUGAGCAAUAUUAUUGCACAGAUGUAUGAAUACAAAAAUCCUUGUCUCGAUUUUAUAUUACGUCGCCUUCAAAAUAAGAACAAUGUUGAAGGUUUAUUUAGAUCUACUGUCACUUCCUGUAAUGUCUAAUCACUAUCUGUAAUGUUUAAUCUCUAAUCUGUAGUUUCAUUGUUAGUCAUGUAUGUAGUCAUACAUGAGAUUUUAUAGUUUUAUCUAUACAACAUUUUUUAUUAAUAAAUGCUAAUUAUUUCGAAUAUUAUAUUGAAAACAGCGUUUUAAUUUUUCAACUAUUUCAGG